UCCGUUGCUCUGUUUGAUAAUCUUAUCUUAAGCCUUACUAAUGGAGAUAGACCCCAAAACUGAUUCUGAAGAUGACGUCCUCGUUCUGGUUAAGCAAGGAGCUGAAGCUAGAGUUUUCGAGUCACUGUUCGCGGGAAAAAGGUCCAUCGUCAAAGAACGUUUCUCCAAGAAAUACAGGCAUCCUUCUCUCGAUUCUAAGCUCACUCUCAAGCGCUUAAACGCGGAAGCUAGGUGCAUGACAAAGGCUCGGCGGCUGGGCGUUUUGACUCCGGUUCUUUACGCCGUCGACCCCGUGCUCCAUACCCUGACUUUCGAGUACGUGGAAGGCCCUUCCGUUAAAGACGUUUUCCUCGGAUUUGGCUCAAACGGAGUCGUUCAAGAACGUUUAGCCGAUAUAGCCACCCAAAUUGGCGACGCAAUAGGCAAACUCCACGACGGUGGACUUGUUCACGGUGACCUCACCACGUCAAACAUGUUAAUCAGAGAUGGAACUAAUAAGCUUGUCCUUAUCGACUUCGGUUUGAGCUUCACAUCAACGCUCCCAGAAGACAAAGCAGUUGACUUGUACGUGCUGGAACGAGCCUUGAUUUCAAUGCAUUCUUCGUGUGGGAAUGUGAUGGAUCUCAUACUUGCUGCAUACAAGAAGUCAUCGAAGCAGUGGUGUUCCACAUUGAACAAGCUAGCUCAAGUACGACAAAGGGGCCGCAAGCGCACAAUGGUAGGGGAAUCAGUUCAGAUUUUGAUUUAAUGCAAUGGAAAGAAA